CUAGAACGACAUGAUGGUGGAAUCCGCCUCCGAGACAAUCAGGUCGGCCCCGGCCAGUCAGAACGGUGUGGGCAGCCUCUCUGGGCAGGCCGAUGGCGGCGGCGGCGGCGCCGGGGCGGCCGGGGCUGCGAAUGCGGCAGGCGGCGGCGCAGCGGGCAGGGAUGCGGGCGCCGCCGGGGCGGACGGCAACGGCGAGUUGAGCCCCGCGGAGCUGUUGCACUUCCAGCAGCAACAGGCUCUCCAGGUGGCCCGGCAGUUCCUGCUGCAGCAGGCCUCUGGCCUGAGCUCCCCAGGGAACAAUGACAGCAAACAGCCGGCCCCUGGCCUGCAGGUGCCGGUGUCGGUGGCCAUGAUGUCCCCGCAGAUGCUCACCCCGCAGCAGAUGCAGCAGAUCCUGUCUCCCCCGCAGCUGCAGGCCCUGCUCCAGCAGCAGCAAGCUCUCAUGCUCCAGCAGCUGCAGGAAUACUACAAGAAGCAGCAAGAACAACUCCACUUACAGCUUCUCACCCAACAGCAGGCUGGGAAGCAGCAACCCAAAGAGGCACUGGGGAACAAGCAGCUGGCCUUCCAGCAGCAGCUCCUGCAAAUGCAACAGCUGCAGCAGCAGCACCUGCUCAACCUGCAGCGGCAGGGGCUGGUCAGCCUGCAGGCCAACCAGGCCUCGGGGCCUCUCCAGAGCCUCCCCCAAGCAGCCGUAUGCCCUACAGACCUGCCCCAGCUGUGGAAGGGUGAGGGUGCACCCCCUGGGCAGUCCGCCGAGGACAGCGUCAAGCAGGAGGGGCUGGAGCUCACUGGCACUGCGGCCACCGCUACCUCGUUCGCUGCGCCCCCCAAGGUCUCCCCACCCCUGUCCCACCUCGCCCUGCCCAAUGGACAGCCUACUGUGCUCACCACGCCUCGCAGAGACAGCUCCUCCCAUGAGGAGACCCCCAGCUCCCACCCCCUGUACGGGCACGGCGAGUGCAAGUGGCCGGGCUGUGAGACGCUCUGUGAAGAUCUGGGCCAGUUUAUCAAACACCUCAACACGGAGCACGCCCUGGACGACCGGAGCACGGCCCAGUGCCGGGUGCAGAUGCAGGUGGUGCAGCAGCUGGAGAUUCAGCUCGCCAAGGAGAGUGAGCGGCUGCAGGCCAUGAUGGCCCAUCUGCACAUGCGGCCCUCGGAGCCCAAGCCCUUCAGCCAGCCGGUAACCGUGUCCGCAGCCGACUCCUUCCCAGAUGGCCUCGUGCACCCCCCCACCUCAGCUGCUGCCCCUGUCACCCCCCUGAGGCCCCCUGGCCUGAGCUCUGCCUCCCUGCAUGGUGGAGGCCCCGCCCGACGGAGGACCAGCAGUGACAAAUUCUGCUCGCCCAUCUCCUCAGAGCUGGCGCAGAAUCAUGAAUUCUACAAGAAUGCCGACGUCAGGCCCCCCUUCACCUAUGCCUCCCUCAUCCGCCAGGCCAUCCUGGAAACCCCUGAUAGGCAGCUGACCCUGAACGAGAUCUAUAACUGGUUCACCAGGAUGUUCGCCUACUUCCGGAGAAACACGGCCACCUGGAAGAAUGCUGUGCGUCACAACCUCAGCCUCCACAAGUGCUUCGUCCGAGUGGAGAACGUCAAGGGUGCCGUGUGGACCGUGGACGAGCGAGAGUACCAGAAGCGGAGACCGCCGAAGAUGACCGGCAGCCCCACCCUGGUGAAGAACAUGAUCUCGGGACUCAGUUACGGAGCACUUAAUGCCAGCUACCAGGCUGCCCUGGCCGAGAGCAGCUUCCCCCUCCUUAACAGCCCUGGCAUGCUGAACCCUGGCUCCACCAGCAGCCUCCUGCCCCUCAGCCAGGAGGACGUGGGCGCCCCAGUGGAGCUGCUGCCCAGUAACGGCAGCACCAGCCCCCCUCGCCUCUCCCCGCCCCAGUACAGGUGA